AUGUUGCUUCCAAUCUCCAAGACACUGUAUCACCUUGAUCCUGAAAGUCUGAGUACGUUUGCAUCUACGACAUCCACCUGGGAAUCUGUCCGAAAGGUAAUUGUACUCUGGUUGGGCAACUCCUCUAUCCCGUCGCCAAAUUAUUUCACUCAACAUUUCAACGUGGAGGUGGAAGUGAUUGUAGAGAAUGAAAUCUGCGCUGCGCUUCAUGAAUCUGGUCGACCAUCUGUUGAAGUUCGCUUCCAGGCUUUCCCCGCCGAAAUACCCACGCUAGCCGUCUUCUCGUUCGGUGUGGACUUGCGCCUCUCACGUGAACAGUUCGAGCUCACCUUUGCCACCUAG